GGCAUUAACGUGAAGCCGCAUUAGAGCCGUUUCCAAAAUAAAGCGGGCGUGAGGCGCUCGGUGUAGUAAAACGGAGUAAACCCUGGAAGGCGGAGGAAGAGGAGCACAGAGGAGGCGUCACCGGGACGGGGGUGGGGGAGAACAGUCCCGAGCCUGUCCGUCUCUGUGUAGCAGGCACCGGGCCGGGAUAAAAUGUCGAACCGAAAGCACCGGGACAACCAGGAGAUCUGCGCCCGCAAGGUCCGGGAGCUGGCCCAGUCCGGGGUCAACAAGCACUGCUUCGAGUGCAGCCAGCCCGGGGUGACGUACACGGACAUCACGGUGGGCAGCUUCGUGUGCACGUCGUGCUCCGGAAUGCUGAGAGGCCUCAACCCUCCCCACAGAGUCAAGUCCAUCUCCAUGACAACGUUCUCCCAACAGGAAGUGGAAUUCCUCCAAAACCAUGGCAACGAGGUCGGGAGAAGAACCUGGCUGUGUGUGUUUGACCCGAAGGCCGACGGCUGCCCCGACUUGAAGGACUCGCAGAAGUUCAAAGAGUUCCUUCAGGAUAAAUAUGAGAAGAAAAAAUGGCAUUUUUCCAAAAGUAAAAACCGGAGGGAUGUGGAGGGUCCCUGGAGUCCAGGAGUCCAGGCCAUGCCGUCUUCUCAUGGCCCUCUGACAAGCCAAGGCCCGACCCAUAAUUUACCCCCUAAUGCCAGAUCGGCACGACCACUGUCUCAGGCCCAGCUGCCAUCAUGGGAUCGAGCCCCCGCCGUGUCACCUGCCGAUAUGAGAAUGGACGCGUUCACGGCUCGACCGUCACGCUCCCAAAGCUUCAGAGACCCCUCUUUGAAAGAUUCAACGCUGUGUGGUAUAGAGAGGCAGAGACCAGGCUCUUUGUCUCUGGGGGGUCAGAGCCACACUCCCUCUUUCCCUGCCCUUCCACGGCCUUCAGCCAGCAGCUCGUUCAAAAACCACUUCACUUUAGGUCGUACGGUGUCGGUCUCAGGGACCACGGGGCCCUUCAGAGCCUUUCCAAAGUCCCUCAGCGUGGACUUUGGAGGUCUGAGCCACCCUCCGACGCAGCCCCUGCCUCAGUCUCGGUCCCAGCCUCAGCAGCAGGCCGCCGCCGUCAGCCGGACGACGCCACAGGUCAGCAGCUCCAACAGUCAGGACCGCUACGCCGCCGUGUCCCAGCUGGACAGCGUCUUCUCUGAAACGUCCUCCACUGCAGCUCCCCCGGGUGGCCCUCCCCAGUACAGCUCCAUCUUUGGCAGCAGGCUCUCGUCCAGCUCCUCUCCUGCCAGUUCCCCUGGCGUCGAUUCGGUUUCCAGCUCUCAAACUUUUGGAAGUUUCCCCAACCCGUUCAGCUCCAGUGGCGGGUCGGCCUCCCAGCAGCCCGUUGCCCUCUCCCCCAGUAACCCUUUCAGCACCGCCUCAGGAGGUGACUCCGGUGUUUUUGUCACUUCGCCCACCUUUCCUCCUUCAGCUUCCUUCCAUUCAGCUGCCUCCCAGAAUGCAUUUCCUCACGAAUCAGCCACCAGUCAAGAAGCCAACGGUUUCGCCUCAUUUCCUGCGUCUGACUCUCAGUCCAAAGUCCCCCGGCCCAUGUCUGUAAACCCGUUCACGGGGAAUGUUUACCCCAGUCGAGGGACAUCGAGAAAUCCUUUCAUCUGAACCCCCCCCAAUUCUCCUCACUUCUCUGUGAACCGAAGGAGGAGUGAACUUGA